UGGGACUCAUUAAUUUGCAUCGAAAUCAUUCUAAGAGGCGAUUACUCAAACUCAACUGAUCCUAAUCGACCAUAACCUGUUUCAUUAUGAAAAACUUGGCCGUUUUGAUUUUAGCUGUCGGUGCCGUUAUCGCUGCUCCCUUCGAUGAAGAUCCAGGCAAGAAUGGAGUCCCCAAUCGCCCAAAUUAUGAUAAAGUAGACUACUACGACUGCUCUGGGAAGGAAAACGGCCUCUAUCUCCACCCGAAUGACUGCACAAGAUUUAUUACUUGUAUCGAUAGCCGAGCCGCUGAUUUUUCUUGUCCUCCUUGCGACCUGACCAAUUCGAGCGGCUGCCGUGGAAGCCAAUACUUAGUUUACGACGUGGACAAGCAUACCUGUAAUUGGCCCAACCAGACAAAAUGUCACACUUCCGGUCCAAAAUUCCUGAUUCCAAACAAUUGAUAAAAACCAGUAAAUCAGCAAGGAUGUAUUUAAAUACACCAGCGAAAUAAUAUUCGUAUUCAUGUGAUAGACAAAAGAAAAAUGCACACAUUAUCAUAACGCUAAGUUAUGUACAUAGAUAUGCCUAUAUACCCUACAUCCAUUUGAGUUUGAACCGUGGCUAAAUACUGAGCAAUGUUAAAAACGGGGUUCCUUAUGGAGCUAGAUUUAGCCAUGGUCAAACUCAAAUGGAUGAAGAGUAUGCCUGCCGUUAUAAUAAAUUUAUGCAUAUAAAAAUGUGAAAUCCAAAAAAAAAUCAAAUUUUUACAUCGGACUUUUCGUGCAUCUUGAAAUGAAUGGGUGCUUAAAUGCAUAUGCCUGCAUACUUAUUAGGAUUAGAUAUGAAACUCCCUGUCAUUGUAUAAAAUUAACUUGUUCUUCCG